CAGGCAUAAAGAACGGUGUGUUUUGGAUUCUGGUGCAAACUUCACUUCAUCUCGUCAGGCUAUUUCCCUUCACCAGGGUAUUGGAGAACCUGCCAGCCCUUCAAUCCCCAUCUUGCUCGCCGCAUACUCAGCAUCCAAUAUAGUAAUACUAAUGGCUCCUAUCCGAGUAGGAAUUGUGGGGUUAUCAAGCAAACCUGGUGCAUGGGCAACUCUGGCCCAUCUGCCUCGACUGGCCAGCUCGCCAAACUACAAGAUUGUGGCUCUGUGCAACUCGACCUUGGAAUCCACGAAGGCUGCCAUCAAGGCACACGGUCUCCCUGAGUCGACCAAAGCCUACGACUCCUAUGACCAGCUCGCCGCGGACCCUGAUGUGGACUUGUACGUAGUCUCAACGCGAGCCGAUACCCACUACGAUGUCGCCAUGCCGGCCCUGAAAGCCGGACGCAAUGUCUAUGUGGAGUGGCCCCUUGCUGCAACGACAGAGCAGGCAGAGGAGAUGGCUGCUCUUGCCCGAGAGAAGAAUGUAAAGACCAUUAUCGGCCUACAAGGUCGCAUCUCACCUAGUGUCAAAAAAGUGAAAGACCUCAUCGACACGGGGGCACUUGGAGAAAUCCACAGCGUCAAUUACCAGGGGGCGAUCCACGUCUGGCAGAACAACGCGGCGAGCGAGAGAUAUCAUUAUUUUAUGGAUCGCAAAGUCGGUGGGAACCUGUUGACCAUAUAUGGCGGCCACAUCCUCGACUCCAUCCUGUAUGCGGUGGGAGAACUGAAGCCUGGCGGCUACAUUCCCAUGGCGGCCAAUCUGCGGCCUAAAAUGCAUGUCAUGAGAUCUGACGGAUCCUUGUCGGAGGAACUCUACGACAAGAACACGCCUGACCAGAUUCUUCUCCAAGGACGCCUGGACAGACACCCGUCUGCGGUGUUCAGUUUCCACCUGAGAGCCGGAGACAGAUUCAUCGGCAAUCCAGGGUCGACGUGGAGGAUAUAUGGCACCAAGGGUGAACUGGCCGUUGAAUUUGCGAGUGCAGGGCCACAGAUGGCCAAGGCAACCAGUAUGCGCUUCUCCAAUGCGGAGAAGGGCGUCGUCGAGGAUAUCACAGUGGACGAAGGUGGCCAGGAAUGGACAGACUUGCCAACCCAAGGCCAGAACAUCGGUCGAUUGUAUGAAGCGUAUGCUGCAGGAGAACCCUACGGCGACUUUGAUCUCGCUGUCAAGAGACACGCGCUCCUCGACGAAUUCUGGGCAUCGUUACAGCAGUGAAGGCAGAGCAGGGCAUGCUCGGCAUUGCCCAAUCUGGGCCGUACCAGCCGGCUGGUGCCUUUCUUCCAACUCCUCCUGCAGGCUCUGUCAUGAUGAUACACCGGUUGGACGAACACGAUCGGGUAAUAGGAUGUAGUAGGUUGUAGUGGUUUGGCGCAGUUCACCAUUGUGGCGAUGGUCCAGCUACCCGAGCAGUUGCCGCAAAUGUUGAAGCUGUGCAGCCGUUCUUCCGGGCCAGUCGCCGACGUCAUCGAUCUCUUCGUUUGGCUGCAAGUGACGGAGGCAUGCGAGGGUAGAGCUUGGGAGCUUGCACAGCAUCUUUGGCUACUUUUUGUGCUGGGAGCUUGCUGGCCUUGGAUUGGGGGGUCAUCAUAUAGACCACACUGAACGCAUCUGGUACUCGGACAUGAUAAGAAGGCAGACCCAAGAGAGAGAUUCAAACACAACAACAGACAAG